UGAGGUUAAGAGUAAACAAGAUGCAACACCCAUUAGACAUACCGUCAGCAGACUGCAGGAUUGACGGACUACCAAGACAAUGAAGCUGGUGCUCGUGCUGGUGGUGCUGGUGCAACUUGGGGAAUGUCACGUAACACAAGUGAAGAAUCACGGGACCAACACUCAAGGUGCAGACAAGGCCAUCACCUAUUGUGGAGACAGUUGGUUUUCCCUCGCCAUUGACGGAAACACGAUGAUGUGCUACAACAGGAACGAGUUAUACACGAGCUCGAAGGGUGGUCUUGAUCAAAGUUGGUGGAAACUGGACAUGCAUAAGGAGGUCGACGUCUACGCUGUGAAUAUAACGUUCAAGAACGAUAAUAAAUACAAACACAUAUCUUCUGAAGUCCACAUUGGAAUGUCUUCCGACGACGUGACCAAAUAUGUGAAGUGCAAAACUCUGGAGGAGGCUGCCCCAAACACCGUGGUGACAUUUAACUGUAAAGGAGUGAAGGGACGCUACAUCUUCUUCAAUUUCACAUCCUAUACUCCGUUGAGUUUAUACGAGGUUCAAGUCUCCACUGCUCCCCUCUUGGAAAAUGGAAUGAUCGUGGUGUACGGGGAGGCGAUGCAGUCGAGCACAGCCGGGCCUGACCACAACGCGUCCAAAGCCAUCGACAGUACAAACGGCACCAACUUCUGCAGUGGGAUGUGCAGCGCCACCAGCUACGAGUGGGAGCCCUGGUUCUGCAUCACGCUUGACGACGUGUACACGGUGGAUGCCGUCAGCAUCACCAAUCGAGACGACACGGAGGGCAUUCGUCUCUUUGGAGUGCACAUUAAAGUAGGAGAAUGGUCCAAUCACAGCAAGAAUGCCCUGUGCGCAGGCGACAUCUUCGUGACUCCGGGCCAAUCGGUGCGCUUCCCGUGUCAAUCACAGUUGGGCCGAUACGUCUUCAUCGUCAUCCCUGGGAGGAUGGACUCGCUGAGUCUGUGUCAGGUUAAGCUCGACGUGAGGGCUGAUGGCUCUCAGGUGAACGUGGUUUACUAGGCCGAAUAUUCAUAUAAAAGUGAUUACUGGGCGACAUUACUGGUGCAUCAGGUGUAUACAAUCAUGGUUGACGUUGCCGGGUCUCAGUGAUGCCAAAGAAUAAGGUAAAGUCGUGUCCAGUUGAUGAUAAACUAUAACAAUAAGGUAUUUCGUAAUACAUUUUUGGAUCAGAUUGUGGAAAUAAAAUGUAUGUCGUACACCAUCCUCCAGGGGCCGUCCAUAAAUGACGUCACGCACCUGGGGGGGGGGAGGUCAGACAUUUGUGACGAUGUGUGACG